AUGGGGAUGGCGGAUGCUAUUCGUGUUGGGGCUGACGACGAUGCUUUGGACAGCGCCUGUCUUAAAGGUAUGGAGGCUACACGUUUUGUGGUUAGAUGGGCUGCUGGUGAUGUUUUGCCUGUCGAUGAGGCUCGAAGAACUGCUCUUGGUUUGGGUGGCAACGCAACUUCAAUUGAAGGUGCCGACGUCACUUGUGUCAUGCCUGAUGAGACAUGUGUCGUAGAUGGGGACGUGGCGGGAGAUGCCACGUGUGUACCAGCUGCUGGUGCAAGUUGUGUUGUGGAUGGCAAUAUGGCUCUAGAUUCCAGCUGUGUUGUGGCCUCCUCGGCCACUCCUGUUGUGGCUGGUGCUGCGGCUGGAGCAACCACUUGUGGUGCAGCUGGUCGUUCAGCUGGUACUGUGGAUGGUGACGCAGGUGGAGACGCCUCUUCUCUUGUGGCUCCUGCUGGCUCUCCUCCUGUGUCCGGCAACGUGGCUGGCGACAACUGCAGCGUUGCAGUGGCCGACGUGGCUGGUGACGCCGCUGUAGUCGCUGAUGCUGGCUCCUGUUUCUGCGCGCCGCGGCUGGCGCGACACGGCAAGUGCCCCAGCAGACACGGCGCGCUGGCACCCCGCCAGCUGACGCGAAACCCGCUGGCGGUCGCCGCGGUGCGCUCCCACGCGCCACUUCACACGGCGCUACGAAUCCACUCUAAACUGUGA